CGAGACAGAAUGGACCUGCCUGUUUCCACGUCUACAGCUUCCGGGUGGAGUCGCCUAAACAUCCGGUCGUCUUCCUUUUGGAGCAUCCCAGGGUGGGGGGACGCCUGUCUCCCCUACCCCACCCUCACUCCCUGGGCCUGGGCCCUCCCCCACCCCUUCGCGCAGCAGUUGCGCGAGCCCGAGUGGCGGGAACCUUCGAGGGACAUGGCAAGCCCGGUGGCCCCGGCGGGAGGUACCCGGAAUGGGGCCUCCCCCGAGUGGGGGGGCUUCGAGGAGAAUAUCCAGGGUGGAGGCUCAGCAGUGAUUGACAUGGAAAACAUGGACGACACAUCAGGAUCUAGCUUCGAAGAUAUGGGGGAGCUGCACCAGCGGCUCCGUGAAGAAGAGGUGGAUGCUGAUGCAGCUGCUGCUGAGGAGGAGGAUGGAGAAUUCCUGGGAAUGAAGGGUUUCAAGGGACAGCUGAGUCGACAGGUGGCUGAUCAAAUGUGGCAGGCAGGGAAGAGACAGGCCUCCAAGGCCUUCAGCCUUUAUGCCAAUAUCGACAUCCUCAGGCCUUACUUUGAUGUGGAGCCUGCCCAAGUUCGAAGCCGGCUCCUGGAGUCCAUGAUCCCUGUCAAGAUGGUCAGCUUUCCCCAGAAAAUUGCUGGCGAACUCUAUGGGCCUCUCAUGCUGGUGUUCACCCUGGUUGCCAUUCUCCUCCAUGGGAUGAAGACGUCUGAUACCAUCAUCCGGGAAGGUACUCUGAUGGGCACUGCCAUUGGCACCUGCUUUGGCUACUGGCUAGGCGUCUCAUCCUUCAUUUACUUCUUGGCUUACCUGUGUAAUGCACAGAUCACCAUGCUCCAGAUGCUGGCACUGCUGGGCUACGGACUCUUUGGACAUUGCAUCGUUCUCUUCAUCACCUACAACAUCCAUCUCCAUGCUCUCUUCUAUCUCUUCUGGCUGUUGGUGGGGGGGUUGUCCACCCUGCGCAUGGUGGCGGUGCUAGUAUCAAGGACGGUGGGUCCCACACAGCGACUGCUUCUCUGCGGGACCCUUGCUACCCUGCACAUGCUCUUCUUACUCUACCUGCAUUUUGCCUACCACAAAGUUGUGGAGGGGAUCCUGGAUACCCUCGAGGGUCCCAACGUCCCCCCCAUCCAGAGAGUCCCCAGGGACAUUCCCAUCGCUGGGCUUCCUAUUGCUGUGCUCAAUGCCACAGCCAAGGCUGUUGCCCCGACUCUGCAGCCACACUGACCCCAUCCCGGUCCUCUCAAAUACCCCUCCACUGGAGUUCAGCUUGCUGAUCCCCACAGCAUCGUGGGGAAGGAGGAUUAAAGGGCAGUGCUGGUGACAUGUGUCUUUUUGAUGGGGGCUGGGGCUUCUGUGGAGCUAUCAGUUCCCCCACAAAUAUCCCUGCAUCUCUUCUCAGCUUCUGAAGAGUAUGUAGCCCAGAGCUCCUUGCCCAGGAUCAGGGCAGAAAGUAUGUCAGGCCCUCUGGGUCCCCCUCACCAUCUUCCCCCCUUUUCAUUCUCUCUGUUCUGUCUUGCUAAUUAUAGACUUGGUAAUUAAAAGAUUAAUUGGGAUCUGGAA